AUGGCUCUUUUCGAUAAGCAGCAGGAUAUGGAUUUGAGGCAUUUUGAGUCGGAACAGUCGGUACCACUAGAUUUGAACUUUGCAUUUUGCACGUUUCCUGAUCUGGACUCGAGAACAGAGUCAAGAAACACGGUACCACAAGUCCCAAUAUUAGCAAAACCAUCCGAUUCAUCCAGCGUCUCUAUUCUCUCACGCAUACAUACCGAAUUCCAUACCACGAACUACUCAGAAGAAGUAGGCGGCGACGAGAUGCCUACCCCUCGAAAGUCCAAAUUCACCGAGAUCUUCACCCCACAGGGAUCUCAAGAAGAACUAAAGCUGACAGACCCACAGACGGACAAAAACCCCGACCUAGGCCAGACUCUCUCCCUCUCCCAGACAGGGUCAGUCGGCCACCAUGUCCCCGCGCCGCGAGAGAAGACGAGACCAGAUUCUCCACGGCCCUACACGGGGGAGCUCGAGACCAGACCAGAAAGGAGGCAUUCCCAGAGAGGUCGCCAUGCCCUCCCACCCUUGAAGAAGAAGCGGCCCGAUUCUCCAAGGCCCUACAUGGAGAGAGCCGAGACCUCCCCAGAGAGCAACAUUCGAAACCCUCCCAUGAGAGGCGCCCUCAACAAUGAUCCCCGGAGAUGGGGCCUAAUCUUUAGAGAAGAUGGGACAGAGUUCGAGAAGAAAACCCGCAAAGGCAAUACUGAGAUCACCACCGCCCCCAAGCUCGGCACUAGGCCCGAAAUAUCUCCUCCCUCUUCGCCCACCGGCCCCUGCGGCCUCCAGGACGACUCGACGGUGUCCGUACCCAUGCAGACGUCUGGAGGGUCCACUCGGGGACGGAAUGGGAUGAGGGAAACGUCCGGCAUACUCCCACCACCGUUUUUGCGUUCAGCGACUUCACCCCCGUCUCUACCCUUGAGAAGACUCAGACGUGUGCCUCGUAACAGUAAUCUCAACGGAAGGUCUCCCCGUGAUUUGUAA